AUGAUACCAAAAUACGUUCUUGCGUCGAUUGCCGUCUCUGUCGGCGGAUUGUUGAAUGGCUACGACGCGGGCGGCAUCGGUGCUAUCACCGUCAUGCCCGAGUUCGAAAAGACAUUCGGAAAACUGUCGCCUUCGGUCGUGAAUUUCGCCAUCUCACUAACCAUGCUCGCGAGAGCGUUCCCCGCGACCUGCGUCGGUCAUCUCAUCGACCGGACCGGACGACUUCGUGCCAUGAUUAUUGGUGGCGUUAUGUUUGGUAUCAGCGCCACCAUCCACGGCACCGCUAUGACCCUGGCGCAAUUCCUUGUUGGUCGAGCGCUCAGUAGACUCGGAGAGGGCCUCUAUGUGAGCAACGUCAGUGUCUACAUCGCCGAAAUCGCCCCCGUGAAAUCGCGCGGUGUCCUGGCCUGCUUACCGCAAUUUAUAGCUACUGCCGUGGUCUGUGUGGGUUACUUCACUGCGUACGGCUCGGUGGAAAUCCCAUCGAGCAUGGUGCAGCAUUUGCCGUACGUCGUGCAGGUCUCCCUAACGUUCGCCUUAGUUGGAAGCUGUCUUCCGCUGCCGGAUUCGCCCGGGUGGUUGAUAUCGUAUGGGAAGCGCGCCGAAUCAAUUCAUGCACUAGAACGGCCAUACUUCUCUUUGGUGUAG